AUGGCAUCCGAAGAAAACAAAGAUUUACAAGAGGCACUUAAUGUGCUAUAUGAGUGUGAAACUGAAACAAUACACCUUGAGAGACAGUUGGAAGUGCAACGACUCAAAAAAAUUUCCAAGAUCUAUGAGAGGCGUCGGCAAUGUGUUAUGAAUAUUGAUAAAUUUUGGUACGUUGUGCUCAGUCAGCAUGAAGAUUUUGCGGAAUAUAUCAAGCCGGUAGAGUACGGGUAUUUUGAAUACUUGAAGGAUUUGUACGUGACUUGGGAAGUCGCAGAGAUGGAUUCUGGAAAAGAACAAAAGCAGCAAGAAGGAGAAGAUCACAAGAAGAAGAUUGAAAACCCUGGAAAUUUCAGCGUGACGUUCGUGUUUGAUAAUGAAGGGAAUGUAAAUACCGUUGAAUCCCAAACCAUCACCAAGAAAUUCUGGAGCAUUCCCAAUGAACAAGAAAAUAGUAAGGAUCUGAAUGAAGUGGACGCAUUUGAUCAAGAAACCAGACUCGUUUCUGAGAAAGUUGAUGUCAAGUGGCCGAAAGAAUUGCUCACUGCUUCUGAUUUGGAGAAACGGAAAUCGUUCUUCAGUUUAUUUGAAUGGACCGGGAAAGAAAAAGACGAUUUCAACAAGAGUAAAACUAAAGUGAAAGGAGAAGAAGUAGUCGAUGAUUUUGACGAUCAUGAAUUUAAAAAGAAAACUCGAGGAACAUUGUUGGAAGUGGAAGAUUUGAUCAAUUUGUUUGUGGAAGAUAUCUUCCCUAAUGCCGUGAAGUAUUAUGCAGCAACACAAAACGAUUCAUUACAAGAGGAGUUGGAGGAUGAUGAGGAAAGCGAACCAGAAUUGGAAAUCGAUGAUGAUGAAGAAGAGGAGGACGAAGAAGAAGAAGAAGAUUAUGAUGAUGAAGAAGGUAACAAUAAAAAGAGAAGAAAGAUAUAA